UAGUUAGAUAAUGUAUUGUCAGAUUUUCCUACACACAUGAUAAAAGGAUAUUUCGUGUCUCGUUGGAACCGUUUUCUGGAUUCAUUCGUGGAUGAUCAAGCGACAGAGUGUGAACAGGGUCUUUCUGUGCUCAUACUGCGAGAGUAAUUGCGAGGACCUUUGACCCUCUUGAAAUGCUUAUCAUAUAUCCGCAGGCUUCCACGUCUUCGAGCGGCCUGCAGAGAACAGACGACAAUGGCGGGGGCAGCUUCCUGAGGACACGUUCUCUGUGGCGCGCACACCUUUUCCGUUUUCUUACUUCUUUCUGUGAAUUCUCUUGUAGAGACAACGUUAUCUGUCAUGAGACGGCUGAUAUUAUGUUCUACUGACUCAAGACCGGCAUUGAGCCGUGAUUUUGCAGACAAUAAGGUCCAUGUUUGAGGGAUUUGAAGAAUUGGUGAUCUGCCAAAGGGAAGCUGCGGUCUGAAGUGUCGUCCAACCGCAUCGGAAGGGAGUGCGACUCGGGACUGCAUCGAGCUCGCGGGUCAUGAACUUAGCUAUGUCGCCGUGACAGCGCCAUUGAUUCCAAUAUCGUGGAUCUAGCUAGAUAUAGUCAGCUUUAGGUUGAAGUUUAGACAUCAAGUUUCUCUGUUCUUGGCUUCAAACGCUGCUGUAAACUUUACAGGCCAGUGAGAACGAAAGAUUCACCACUGUCCGGCUACAAACUACUCACUAAAGGUGGAGACUGUGUAGUUUGGCGGCUCGCAGCUCAACCAAGUGCCUCAAAUGAGUGACGCAUCCGUCCUGACUUGUGACGACCGUGCGUUCUAAGUAGCUUUAAACUAGCUAGCUUGGCUCAGCAUAACUCGUCGUGUUCAAACGCACGUGGACUUCCAUCAACCUACAUGCAUCUAACAGGUCGACGUGUGGGAAAACGAAGGAGGCACCCACAUUCCUUGGCCAGAAAACUCAUAUAACCGCUACGAAGUCCAGCUUCGCCAGCUGAUGGUUUUCCCACAGUAAAAUAAUUUGGCGGCAAAGAUGGGCAACGUGACGUUAUGUAUCAAGAAACAAGUGGAGGACUUGAAGUGGCUGGAAGACUCCCUCACUCCUGAGGAAAUUCUUGAGAGAUGCAGCCUCCCCACUUUGGUCAAGGUCACUCAAUCCGACCGUCGUUCUCAGCUUAGCAAAGACCUCGUCCUCCUGGUGAAUUCCUCCUUCUCGGAAGAGAAGGUUCUUGCGCAGAGCUUGGAGCGGGAGACUGGGAAGACUAUCGGUCCGCUGGUCAGUAUCCCGGCGUCGUACACGGGAACGUUCCGGCUGCUGGCGCCGCAGUCGUUCCAAACGGUGCAGGAAGUGGUCGACUCGCAGCCAUUCUCUGGCACCUUCACGGUGGAAGAAGACAUGAAAUGGAAGAAACAGCGCCUGCCAGACUCUGUACAACAGAUGAUGAUCAGCGAGCUUGGAGAGUCCGGACUCAAGGGGAAGUUCCCAAAAACUCUCGUCAGAAGGGGGGAUCUACUUUCCAUGAGGGGGAUUCUCAACCCCACAAAUGGCGAACCACAAGGAGAAGACAACCCACUGAACGGCGACGCAGGCGGUCAGCAGAAGAAAGGAUCCAAGAAAAGUAAGAAGAAAGGUAAACCGCUGCCGGCGUACGUGAUCUGUAUGAACCAAGACGGUGAAAUUAUGUGUAUCCCGUCUUAUUGUAGUGGCAGAUUCUCGACCGUAGCUCUACGCAACACGAGCGGCCCCACGUUCACCCUGAAGGAUAUCGUGGAUGACGCUGACAUAGACUUGCCGGCGGACGUGCUGUACGUCGACGGGGAGGCGUUCAUGGAGGACGAACACUUCACGGGACUCGUCAAACUGCUGACGUCGUACGAGAAGAAGCUUGUCGUGGCGUCUAUUCUAGAAGAAGACGGGGGUUUCUCUUCCGUAGAGUUUGGCGUGGAUUGUGGGGUGAAGUUCGCGCCCGCCGAUCCGGACGACCCGAAGAACAGAGACUUCUUGAAGCGAGCCACGGCCACCCCUAACGACGGGAGCGUGACACGGAAAAGGCUCGGCAGUUUUCGGCCUAACCUCGGCGGGUCGUCGUUUCCGUCCAUGGACAGCAUCAACCUGAUCGGGAAAUGGAGGAACAGAUCUCUGAGGAGAAAGGGGGAGAAGUCUAUCCCAGAAGAAACAGAGCCACCAAACUGACACUAACCACGUUACAUGGGGCAUGAUACCUUGAGAAACUAUAUUAUUCUCUUAAAGUGAGCCUUGACUGUUUAUAUUUUACCUUAGCCUUAAGAACAUGCACUUUGCAUAGUAUCAGGUCCAUUUCUUCACUGUACAUUUGUAAGUUACAUUUCACAUUACUCUCUUUUAUCCAAACACGAACCUUGACUUUGUUGGCGCUUUGUGAAUUGUUACGAUGUAGAAAGAGACACUAUGGGAAACCUGCUGUAGAUGAGGGCCAGGUGUGUGUAAGUUUUAGAUCAGGAUUACAAAGUUUUUCAUAGUUUGAGAAAUACCAGGUGUGACAGGUGGUUCGGUUGAGUCCACUUCACACGUGAACGUUUGACAUGGAAUUUUCUUGUAAAAUGAUUGUUAUUACAUUGUAUUUCACCAAUUACAAGAUGGGUGGACAGCACUUGACACAAGGACAUUAAUGUACAUCAAUACACAAUACAGCCAUAUACGUAUGUUCAUCCAUAUAUAUCACUUUAACAUUGCUCUUUCAAUUUGUAGUGAUAUUUUACAAAUGACAAACUAAAUUUUAGAUAGAUAGUACUAUACACAAGAAGUCUAUACAUCAAUAUCCUUUGACAAAGACAUCAAUAUAUUAAUAUAUGGAAAGAAUUUUAUAUAUGAAUUAGUGUAUUUGUAAGCAUGAAUGUAAGCAUUUACUUAUGUGAAGAAAAUAUAGAUCAAUUAUUGUUUUUGAUCUUAUAUCAAGGACAUGUCAAACUAUUAAAGACAUGACAAUUGCCCAUCUUAUCUAUUAUGUACCUCAUCUAGUUCAGCAAAGAAAAGAAAAAGAAAAAUAUGGUAUUUUCUUAAAUCCCAACAGUUGUAACAACAGAAGACGAUAUUUAAUUGCGAUUUUUGUGAUCUUUAUACCUUUUGUGUACUUUCAUUGUUUUGAAAAGCUUAAUAUCUAGAAGUAAUAAAGAUAAAAGUACUGAUAAUGUAGCUAAAUGACCUUCAUUGUACAUAUCACAUUAUACAAAAUAGAUCUGUGAUUUAAAUUUCAAUGUUUGCCUUUCUUUCGUGCUCAGAUUUCUCUGUACGGUUGUUAUGUUUUGCGGUAGAGGUUCUGUAUGGGCCAUGUAUACAGGUCAAGGUUCGGAGUUCAAACUACAAACUGACUUUUCCUGUCGAACCACAGUCAGUAGCUCAAUAUCUCCGGUCAUCUGUGAUAAACGUGCCAUUACAAAAGGUCACCACUUCGUCAUCUGUCAUUCGAAGAAAACAAAUGUUAUUUAGGAUUUUAUUUUGACUUCGCCUUUUAUUAAUAUGAGUGUCAAGGGGGAUGAAAAAUGAUUACAAUUUUGAUAACGCUACUUACUCGUCGAAUACAAAGCUUAUUGAAGUGCUAAUGAAAUUUGAUCGUGAUUUUAAGUUACCGUCAGCAUGCCUACCACAAACCUAUGCCUUUGCUUCACAUUUUAACGCCUUUUAUUUCAUGAUUUGUCGAUUUCAUGAAUUGCUUAUAAUAUCAUAGGAGAGGUAUUACUAUUAUCUUCUCUUCGGACAUCUGUUGUGCCAUUUUCUCCGAGUCAAAAUAAACAUGGUGAAAUUUUC